GGGGGGGCUGUGAUUAGUGAUACACCCAGAGCACCUCGACGACGCUGUGAACUGACAGCAAGUUUCUGCUUUAUCAGCUGCGUUUCUGCGUAAAAACAAACCUAAAAAUGUCUAUAUUCACGCCGACGAAUCAAAUACGGCUGACAAACGUGGCGGUGGUUCGGAUGAAAAAAGGAGGCAAACGGUUUGAAAUCGCCUGCUACAAAAAUAAAGUUAUGAGUUGGAGAUCAGGAGCCGAAAAGGACUUGGACGAGGUUUUGCAGACAAACUCUGUUUUCGUAAACGUGUCAAAGGGCCAGGUAGCUAAGAAAGACGACCUGAGCAAAGCUUUCGGAACAGAUGACCUGACAGAAAUCUGUAAACAGAUUUUGGCGAAAGGCGAGCUCCAGGUGUCAGACAAAGAGAGGCAGAGCCAGCUGGAGACCAUGUUCAGGGAUAUUGCGACGAUUGUGGCGGAGAAGUGUGUCAACCCGGAGACCAAGAGGCCGUACACCGUCAGUCUGAUCGAGCGGGCCAUGAAGGACAUCCACUACUCAGUGAAGGCCAACAAGAGCACCAAGCAGCAGGCUCUGGAGGUGAUCCGGCAGCUGAAGGAGUCCAUGCAGAUCCAGAGGGCCCACAUGAGGCUGCGGCUGGUGCUGCCAGCUAAGGAGGGCAAGAGGCUGAAGGAGAAGCUCAAACCGCUCCUGAAGGUGGUGGAGAGCGAAGAGUUUGACGAGGAGCUGGAAAUGGUGUGUCUCGUGGAUCCCGGGUGCUUCAGAGAGAUCGACGAGCUGAUCCGCUGUGAGACCAAAGGCCGAGGCUCCCUGGAGGUUCUCAGUCUGAAGGAUGUGGAGGAGGGAGAUGAGAAACUAGAGUAACCCCUCACCCCCCAACCCGGCCACCCAGGACCCUUUACCACAUCCACACUAAAGCCCAUCAUUUAGGCACACAAACUGCAGAGACAGCCAUUAUUGAUCCGAUUAAUACCAAUAUAUCCAUUCCUGAAUCCCAGUUUCUCUUUGCAUAAAGGAAUUAUUUCAAUGAAAAGACUGUGGGAGAUUUUUUUUGUUUGUUUUUCCACCUAGAAAUUAUAUGAAAGGAUGUGUUAAAAAAAAAAAUUAUAUGGAAUGUAUAUGAAAAUUAUAUGAAAGGAUGUGUUAAAAAAGAAAAAAGUGAAAGGAUGUGUUAAAAAAAAGAAAAAAGUUUGAGCAUUUAUAGCAUAGCAGCCAGAUCAAUCAGUUGCUCAGAGCGCCUAUACUGUAUUAUUUACAGAAAGGCAUAAGUAUCACUGGACCACCAGCAAAACUCCUGAGCAAAACAAUUUGCCUUCCAUUUUUCUCCUGCGACAUGUAAUCCUGUUCAGCAUCUCUAUUUUAUGCAGUUUCUUUUACCGCUAUAAUUUAUAUUUUGUCAUUUGUCAUUAAUUUGAUCUAUGGCAAGUAAAUAUUUAAGAAAUGUU